UGCACUACAAUAGACUGAUCAGAAUACAAAAUAAUAUACACAUAGCAAAGCACAUUACUUUCAUACAGUCUUAUACGAAGGAGCAAACUGGGUAUUUUAACAUGGAAUUCAGAAUAAUUGCAUUUAUUUGCUUUACGUGUGGAGUAUAUGCGUCAAGUUCUGGAAAGUCAUGCGGCAGACCAUUAAACCUGAAUCACGUUAGGUUUCCGGAAAGAAAUAAGUUAUUAUCACUACAAUACUUUGAAAACAAUGUAAUUGGUACCGGACUAGGACAAGUGUACCUCGCACUUCCAGUGCCCGCUCCGUUCACUCCAGAUUUGAAUUAUCAAUGCACAAUAACAAAACUCAGCGAGAACUUAUACUGGCGAACUUGUACUGGACAAGCUCCACAAUGCGUACAAUUCAAUAUAUCCCUAUCCACUCAGCCUGGAACGGACUCAGCUAUGUUUACCUAUGUGUCUGGGAGCGAUACUAUAACUGAAGCAUACUGGUCUCGCUGUCCGACGAAGUUUAUUUGGAGAAUACAGUGUACAAACUAUGCCGGUAAUACAGAGUGUCCACCAAGCAACACGAGGCUAAGUUUUUUCCUACGUGACCCGACAGCUCUUAGUACAGCUCCACUAAAUGACAUUGUCGAGGAUCUAUGGAUAACAACAGGCGUAAAAUUUGGACUUGUUAAUGGACUUGAAUGGUAUUUUACAAGGUUGGAAGACGUACCCUGCCAAGUGUAGAGGAUGGUAUACGUGAACGAGAUCAUGCAUUUCUCAUUUUGAAUAUUGUUUUCUCGUAUGAUACUGAGUAUUCCAAAUAACUUUUCGUGCAAGAUAAUCUGAAAUCACAGUUCUUUUUAUGCACCGGUCACGGAAUACUUAGUCCUUAUACGUUCAUAGCAUCAUUUAUGCCUUAUUCUUUUAAAAUUCUCUAGAUCCUAUCCACGCAAUGACGUUUUAGUAAAUAUUGUAACUGUCAUAAUAAAUAAACUGAUUACUUGGAAUCAUAAGGAUUGAAAAUAAAA